UUGUGCUGUGAUAUUUGUGUUUCAUCACUUGUAUUUUUUAUUUUGCCUCAAAGAUUAUUGUAUGGGUAUAUGAAGCAUUUGCAGAAGUUGCGGGAAGACAACCUGUUCAAACGUUAUUGAAGUAAAUGAAUGGAAGUAGUUAGGAAAGUACAUCGCAACCAGACAUUAAUGUCAUUCUUGAUUGUUUUAUCUCAUUUUCAGUCAUUUGUGUCUGAUAUAAUGUGUGACUUCACCCAGCUUUUUAGAAAGAAAUGGUCAUCUGGCCGGCCUGAAUUUUACUUAGACAUAACAAAAAUUGCCAAGCAGAGAUUAUUUUUACUGUAUAAGAAAAAGAAAGCAUGCAGACAUCAGAAUGUACACCUGUAAUUGUACUGUAGGAGAAAAUCACACACUCAACAUCAGUUUGUCUCAAAAUCACUUAGUUUCAAUUUCAGGUACAGCUGCUGUUUGGGGGAGCCUUCAAUCAGAUUUAUUGCAGUUACAGCCAUUUCUCUGUUGUUACCAACAAACAACUUUCUGUGCAGUUUUACUUAUCACAGGUAUUGUGCAGGUUCAACAUAAAUCUUAUGUGAAGCAGGAAUGGAGGAAUGUUUGAUGAAUUUGAUGAGAUUGCACAGUGUCCCAUGCUGUGUUAUGACAUUGGGCAGUUUGCUCCACUGUUGUUUUGUGGCACAUCACAGAACACCAGCCUUUCAUUUACAUUUACUUUGCAUUUGGGCUGUUUAUUACAUGCUUUUACAAGUGAGGCAAAUGGCACAUUACAGACACAUGACUGUCAAGCAGCUUUAUUGAGCUUCCAAUCACUGCCCAAUUAUGCAUGUGGUAGGAAUCCUCGAAUAAUGCAGAAUAAAUUCCCACCAGAUUUACCCACCUGAUAAAUUCGGUUCCCUCCCUUUUAAGCCUCACAACUGUUUGGUCAGUGUUCGGUUUUGCUGGAAAUGCCUAAAACUGGAGACAGUUGAGUUCUGUAAUUAUUAACUUUAAUGUAUGAUGUAUGAAGCUGUAGAGGUAUGAAACAAAAGAUUUUGAGAAGGUAUACACACUUGUAUCUGUGAGAGGUAUACAUGUUCCUGUUUGUGAAGCCUGGUAUUUAGGUGACGACUGAGGAAAAGUAGCGGAGAGGUUGAGGUGUUGCAUAGCGGGGGGUGAUUUGACCCCUAGGGCUGAUUAAUUCUUCUGCAUAGAAUCUAUGACCUACGUACUACGCAGCUGCAUACUCCAAUGCAACCAUACUUCUAAGGGCCUCUAGACAGCCCUAGCGGUGCCUGUGUGCAUGGCAGAGGAGGUCAGUGGUGGUGCCAUGGUGUGGGUUUGUCAGGCUGAAGCAAACUGCUUGUCUUGCUGAAACCUUCUAUAGUAGGUUAACAUGGUGAAAAAGAAACUGGUAUUUAUUCAGUGUAAAUGGUGAGGGGAUCUUGUCUCUCCUUGACCAUUCUAUCUCUUUGGUGGUACUUUACAACAGCACGUGACAGUGUCUGUAUGUCAGAUCUUAGGUGGAUGGACACCAAGAAGUUAAGCUAAGACUUUUGGCAAAAUUUAUUGUUGCCCAUAACAGACUAAACCUGCAGCAUCAGCAAUGGCAGGAAGCCCUGGUUCCAGGGUACCAUCAAUGCUCUCCACUUUAUGUAAUGGGCAGCAAGUGAUCGGAUGCUAUAUGAGGAAAGAAUGAAUCUUCUGUGGAUGGGAAAUGACAAUAUUGUAAUAUUUUAAUAUUGUAAUAAUGUUAUUUUCUUUUUUUGUCAGGCCAAAAAGGUCACGUCCUAACGCUUAAUUAGUUCAUUUUGUAAGCUUGGCGACAUUCUGUCAUUUUGUGUGGACAUCAUUUGAAUACCUGGAUGAGCGAGGGAGGUCGGAUUUCAGAAACUUGAAAAUGUUGUCUCACGGGAGGCAAAGGCAGUUUUCUAGAAAAAUGCUGAAAUGUGUGCUUAGUUGUAGCAGCUGAGGAUGUCUUAUCUUUGUGGAUCAGGUUUUGCUACUGUUUCAUUUGUUAUGCAAAAAGGUUAAUCGCUAUGGAACUCGAGCAUCUCCAGAGUUGGUAAUUUCCAGUGAAAGCAAACGGAUAGGUGGUCUUUUGCGUUGGUGUGAUAUUUAGCACACUGAAUAUGUUACCAGAAUGCGGAGUGUUCACAUUCUUGUGUAGAAGCAUUGAGGCACCCAUGACAUGGUACUCCAGUUAAUCAUGUCUAUGAAGGCGUGCCAGGGGAGCUACCUUUGCAAGGUGCCUUUAGCAUGCAGAGAUGCAUCCACUACCAAACCCCAUUGUUGCUGUUGACUGGCGAUGGCACGAGAGAGUUUUUGGGAGGUAUUCAGUGGCAUGCUGACUAGUUUAUCACACGCAUAUUGACACCCUUCUCUGGCAGAUAUCUGUCAGGCAGAUGUUGGAACUCGCACUUUUAGCUGCAUUAAUGUAAAUGAAUCCUAGGGUGAGCAGUGCAUAAAAUCUGCAGUGAAAAUCGUUUCAGAAAACAACACUGUAGUACAGCCAAGGUUGUCGUCGAUGAGGGUCAUGAUUACGCAGCUCAGUGCCCUGUACUACUGCCUGAAGGAAUUCCAAACAUUUUUAGGAAGUGGUAAAGAUGGAGGGGCAACUGGCUGCAUUAUUUGUGUAGUGCUGCAGUGGCAGAUAUUUGUGGAUUAAUGUAUAUUUGUAAACACAGAUGGCAUUUCCGUGAUACUUUAGAUAUAAUUAGGUAAUCAAUCAAAAUAUUUCUGUCCUUAUCUAUUUUUUAGACAUUUAAAGUUACAUGCACAUUAUAAGCCAACUACUGAGGAUAGUAAUUCCCUUUUUUGGCAGUCCGUUAACUGUUGAGUACAAGAAACAGAUGGAUUAUUAAGCCUUUAUUUAAUAUCUUCUUAGUAUUGUUUUUGGUUGGGUGGCUAUUUAAAGAGUAUAAUAGUAACGCCACUGCUCAUAAUUUGACUGCAAGUCUGUAUUCAAUUUCAGAGUAAUUAGAUUUGUUUCAAAUUGGUAGCUGAUCUGUUGUGUCAGCUCUUGACCUCACAGAAAUUUAGGUCACUGCUGGAAUUACAGAACAUUUUGAAGGUCAGUGCAUUUGCCCAAGUACAGCAGUUGGGUAUAAUUUUAAGUUGCACUUGGAGUUAUUGAAGUUUGAUUUUCUUUAUUAGGAUCAAUGAGCCUCAUAUUUUCAUUGGUUGACUGCACAAAAAGACUGGAUGUUUCAAAUACUGGGAGAUGUGAAUGGGGGGUUUUUUAAAUCAGUAAUGGCAAGUGGAAUAAAUGAAAUGAUGUUUAAGCAUCCAUCCAUCCAUCCAAAAUUGUUACUGUACUAUAAAAGGUAUUAUACGGGAAGUCUAUCCUGUUAUUGAUGAGUAUAUCUUGUACUGAAAUCUGUUAUAUGAAUUGAACGUUUCACCUUAGCUUAUUUGUACAAAGUGGUUGCCUUAACCUAAUCUAAAAGAUGAGCAAGAACAUAAGAAAUUUAACGUAUCUUCACAUGUGUGGAAUGUGGGAUGGUGUGUAACUAGCCAGUGGAGACUAAGCGAAACGACCAAGGAGCAUUUUGGAGAAGGCCACCACCUGGCGAAUGCAGGAGAGUCCGUCCGUCCAUCCAUCCAUUUUCCAAACCGCUUAUCCUUCCGGGUUGCUGGGAGUCCGGAGCCUAUCCUGGAAGCUAUGGGCACGAGGCAGGGAACAACCCAGGAUGGGGGGCCAGCCUAUCACAGGGCUGCAGGAGAGUCUUUUGUUGUAAAUGCGUAUAAGACAGGGAGUGGCCCUUCUCUGAAGACGCUUGGUGACUGUCAGAUAGUGCUCCCUUUUGCUGCAGCGUCAUUAAUAAAGAAGCAGAACCUCUCACCUGUGUAACACUUGUGUCUUUAACAUUGACACCUCUUUUUGACACCAUUAGAAAAACAGAUUAAUUUUUAUUUGACAACUGUUUCUUUUUUGCGCCAUAAAGACCCUGCUAUUCUUUCCUCAGUAGAAACGUUUGGUAAUGCUCGGUUGAUCCUAAUUAGUUACUUAAUUGAUUGCGAGGUUCCCUCCCUCUGGUUUCAGUGUCUCCCCCCCAGUCUGCUCAGCUCUGAGUGGUACAGUCCAUACUCUGUAAUUUUCCACUCUGUCUCCUUGACUGUUUGUCUGACUGUUGAGGUGGGGGAGGGGUGUGCAGCACUUUCUACUCGCAUUGCAGGAAUCGAUUUGGACUCGGAUGUUGAAUGCUUACUGGAGACGGAAGAAUUCUUAUUGACUGUAAACAUUUUGUGCGUAGAAGUGUACAUCAUUGCGAUAUACAGAUGAAAGUGUUUUUAAUGUAAGAGAAUGAGUCUGUUCCUGUAUGUGUGGAUCAUAUUUCUAAGGCUGUGUUGCUUCAUGUUUAGAUUGUCUGAUUCGACUUUGAAAAUCAGGUGGAACAGCCAAGAGCAUCGCUAUGCCGCUUCACAUUGCAUCUUGCAGCUGGAUUGCACAACUCGGGGCAGCGUUAUAGGGGUUGUGAACAAAGGCAAGCAUUAACAUGUUAACAGUGCCUUUAUCUCAAGCUGUUGAGGAGGGGGAGGUGAUCUGAGGCCAGACUUUUUGCGCAACAGCACCAUUGCAGCAGCCCUCUGACCUUGCAAUACCCCCAGUAGCUGCAGCAGCACCAAUGCAGCUGUCUGCAGGAAUGUUUCUAGCACAGUUGCUUUCCAAGCAUAAUUCUUUGGAUGGCUUUGAGGUGUGGUGUUUAUGGUUAGAUUUACUGGAUGCACAAAUAUCAAUAAAGUAGAUGUUUGCAGUUUCAUUAAGAUAUUUAAGGCGUAUCUGUAAUCUACAAAAGUAUGCAUGUAUGUGCAUAUGUGUAGUUUCUGGUGAAAUACUGUAUUUUCUAAUUAGGUUCCAGAUCUUUCUGGGAAAUCUGGGUCAUACUGAAGUUCUACAAUAUUCACGACUCUGUAUUAGGUCAUGGAAAAGACCAGUGCCCAGAAUAUUUAUCCCGUGCCAUAACGUGUCAGUGGCUUAACAAGCCUAAACUGGUUCAAACUGGUUUCCGUUAACUUCCUGAGGCCAAUCAGCCCAAACAAAGGCUCAGGAUUUAAAGUGGAAGUCUUGGAAGUUUCCCUAUCACAUUGUGUUUCUAAAACAAGACCCCAAGUAAAUGUCUCUGAGUGAACAAAGGACAAAAAAGAACAAGAGAUGCUUUGGUGAGAACUUCCAGUGAAAUGUUUCCACGGUUACAGCAACAUGCUUUCCAGACUGUUGCAGUUGUUUUCUCAUGUUUUCAUGUUUACAAAUAAAUUCAGAGUCUGUUCACGUGCGUGCAGUGCCCUUUAAAUUAUUACAGGGUUCUAAAACGGUCAAAUCAAUGUACAGCAAGCUCACUAAACAUGUAUCACAGAUAAGGGUUGCCAAUACAACUUUACACAUCAGAACAUUUCUUUUUCCUUAUAAUACUCAGUUGUGUAUAUGGCGAGAUUGACUUUGGUGUCAGUAAGUGUGAACUGCAGCUUGGCUGCUUCGUAUUCUUGUCAAUAGAUUUAAAAUUCUCCACCCCCAUGAUUCGUUCAGGUCUCACAGUGGUACAUUCCGCGGUCAGCUGUAAUUUUCCACUCUGUCUCCCUGUUCUUGUCUGAUUGUAAGUGUGGGGGAGGGGUAAAUGCAUUGCACGUUUGCUUAAGUGUGUCAGCAGAUUGUCCACCACAUUUUCCCUCCUUGAACCCAUGAGCAGAGUCAUCCUACAUUCACACAGGUGAAGCAUGAAUGUGGCCAUAGCAGAAGAACCCCAGAAGAAAGUCUUCAGGGCCAGAAAAACGAUGAAAUUAAGCGACCGGCAGCAGCUGGAGUCUCUCCACAACAUUCGGUCGUCUCCUUCCAACACACCCCCACCAGUGAACGGCAAGCACUCCGAGGGGGGUCAGACGGAGGCCGAGAACGACAAGGAGAACCGGGAGGGCGUGGCUUCCGGCUCGGACUCUUCUGUCUCUGUGGCCCUGACUUCGGCGCCAUCCCCGGUGGCCGGGGCUGAAGGAAAAACGGAGGAUGCUGAAGCAGAGACCGUGGGGGUUGGUGGGAAGGAGAACAACAGAUCGAAGGAUAAGAGCGACACUGAAAAUGAGGAUAAUGGUUCUAAAACAGAAACCAGCCCCCCGCUGGCUGAUGAGCUCGAACAAGCUGGCAGUGAUGCACCCCUCAAGAUCUCUGAGGACGCCUGCGGGGGAGCAGAGGGAACAGCAGGGGGCGACACCAGGCUUAAGCCGACAGGCAGCAUGGAGACAGAUUUGAAUAGUGGCACCCCCAUGCAGCCGCAGUCCCCGCUUGCCCCUGGAAACAUCACCUCCUCCCCUUCUCUGUCUCCAUCCCAUGCCCCUGAGUCUGACCAGGAGGUAAAGGAAGGGUUUCUUGUCCUGAGUGAAGAGGAGGAGAGCCAGGGAGAGAAGGAAGAUGGAGAUAAAGGGGAACAAGAUGAAGACAAGAUGGAGAUGGACAGUAAAGGAGUUGAAGGGGAAAAUUCAGAAGUUUCUGCCAAGUCUUCUCUGGCCCCCAUUACAGCAUCCCCACUUGGAGAGAGAGACGGAGAGGAGAGCUCAGGCUCUGCGCGGAAGCGAGCGAGAUCCACGGAGAGUGGAGGAGAGCAGGAUGGAGGGGGUGUGGCAGAGGAGAGUGAGGAGAAGAAAGCCCGGGUGGAGGGGGAGGAGCUGGAGGCCCAGCUAGAGCUGAAGAUCAGCGGGAAGCCGGGAAGCCGGCAGCGCCUGGAGAAGGUGGUACAGCACCUGGUAGCGGAGCAGCUCCGAGUUCUGCAACUCACCGUUUUCGACCGGAGCCUGCAGGAGCUGCGAGAGCGGGUGGAUCGCAUCGACUGUGCCACCAAGCACCAGCACUCUCUCAACACUCUGCAGGCCAAGAUCGCACGACUCACCAAGAAAUUCGGAGCUGCCAACCAAGCGAAGGAUAGCACCAGUAAAUCUCAGGAGGCGGCCCCUCCCCCUGCAGCUACUGCUACCAUGGCAACCACACCCACCUCCAGCACAGCCCCUACCUGCCGCACCACUGUCCGGAUGAUGCUGGAGUCACAGAGAGGCGAGCAGCAGAACUCUGUUCCGGGUCCCGUCAGCUAUGCAGGUUCCCCAAACCAACGCAAGCUGCUCCCUACUGUUACGGCCCCCACUUCCCUGGUCCGAGGCCCUGGCUGCUCCACCACGACGGCCUCCAGCACCUCUGCCCCCUCUACCUCUGUCACCAGCGCGGCGUUACCUCCUGCUCAGAAUCGGCCUGCGCCACCCCCCGUGCCCAAACCUGUCCCCGCCAACCCCACGAUGCCCUCGGGGAUACCCAGCUCCACCCCUCAGUCUGUGUCCCUGCAGCCGCUACUCAUCCAGCUCCCCCUGGCUGUGAGCGGUUCCCAGGCUGGGUCGAUACCAGCUGGUCACAGCCCCGGUGUGGAACUGAUCUCCAUGUCGACCCUCAGUGGCGCCAACGCACUUGGCAAGGCCAAAACCAGCACUCCUGGCACCACCUAUAUCCUCCAGAAGACCACGGCAGCCGCCUCUUCCUCCUCCUCCGGCUUGUCGGUGACCUCCUCUGCCUCAUUGCCCCAGAUCUCUGUGGCUCGGGCAGCCAUCUACUCAGGCGGCAGCGGCCUGAUCGGUGUGCCCAGCCCUGGGGUGUCUGUUUCCUCCGCCCGCACACCUGCUCAGUGCGCCCCUGUGAUCGGAGUCACGUCGGCAUCGUCGCUACCACCUUCCUCAGCCCCCGCGGCAACGGGAGGCCAGACUCCCGGGCUGGCGGCUGCGGGCCCCGUCUCGGUAGCCAUGAUGGCCUCUAAAACAGACGGUCAAACCACAGUCCGCACCGCCGAUCCGGCCACAGCAAAGACGCCCGCGCAGGUGCCUCGGGCGAGCAGCUCCGGUGCAGUCAUAGACUUGACGGAGGAUGAUGACGACGUCCAAGUGACCGGGGUGAAGAGGGCCCCCAUGCAGCCGGGACACCCCCCCAUGACGUCACCGGCUGCCCACCGGGCUCCCGGGGCCCUGCCCAGCCUGAGUGGCGGUGCCCACUCUCAGCAAGCUGUGAGAUCGUCUCCUCAGGGUCAAAACAUGGUCAAUGGACCCCAGCUGACCGUGCACCACCGUCCUCAGCAGGAAUCCCACUCUAAGAAGUACACCAGUGCCACCUCGGGCCCAGCGUCCACAUGUGGGGCUAGCCAAAGUGGCAUCCCUGUGCUGCCCCCCCCGCCAUCGCCGCCAGCCCGUCUCCCCCCAGAGGCGAGUCACACUUCCCUGCCACAGCAGCCGCAGCUGAAGUUGGCUCGCGUGCAGAGCCAGAACGGCAUCGUGUUAUCUUGGUCUGUGGCCGAGGUCGACCGCAGUUGCGCCCCAGUGGAUAGCUACCACUUGUACGCCUACCACCAGGACGGGCCGGCCUCUCCGGCCUCGCAGUGGAAGAAGAUCGGUGAGGUGAAGGCGUUGGCCCUGCCCAUGGCCUGUACGCUCACCCAGUUCGUCUCUGGGUCCAAGUACUACUUCGCUGUCCGCGCCCGCGACAUUUACGGCCGCUUCGGGCCAUUCUGCGAGCCCCAGUGCACCGACGUCAUCGCCCCGUCCUCGUCCGGCUGAGCCGUCCUGGAGUCAGCGACGUGAAGCUGGGGCGGCAUAGUAUUUCUAGAAAAAGUGUUUGCCCUUCACCAUGCACCACCCAAGACAUGAAAAGAUCAGUGUUGAAACUGUUGUUUGAAAGCAAGGAGUUACUUUGCUAAAUUACGCAGUUUCGUUGAUUUUUAAGUUUUAUUUUAUAUAUAUAUAUAACAAAGCUGAACAUUGUAAAAAAUGUCUAUAUGUACGUAUUUUAAGUGCUGCACAGAUUCAAGUGCGCAGUUAGAAAGUCAGUGACAGAUGACUAUUAAUUUUUUACAUUUUGUCUGGCAACCAGACUGCAGAAAAGGUUUCAAUAAAGACAUUAAACAAA